CACAUACAACUCCUGAAGAGAGGCAAAAAGUCUUUGACUUGUCUAAUAAUGAAUCAACUAAACAAUCUAAAGCAUAUGAAUUGUUCAAUUUCUUAAAUCCUCUAAUAAAACUUCCAGAUCGUCAAACUCUUAGUGGAUCAUCUUUAAAACUAAUAGGUGUAAUGAUAGUUACUUCAGAGGGAAAACCCUAUAUAUGGAAAGUAAUGGAUAUUAGUACAGAGAGAGAGAACUAUCUUAAAGUAAUAGAAAAAACAGAAGAUAUAAUUGAUGAAUUAAAGAAUAUAAAUGUAAAU